AUGUUUCCAGAAAAAAAUACGGCACUCCCGACUAUUUACAGAAAUUUGUGUUGCUUAGAAACAUUGAUAAAUCAAAUAGUGCCCAGCCAGAUAAUUAUAGACAUAGAUCCAACAGUGAUGACAAGGAAAUCAGUACAGAACCAAAGCCAGUCUUCAAUCAUUAAAUAUUCUCACGUAGACUCACUUUUCAAUCAUUCGUUGCUACCUAAACUGUAA